CGAAUGGACCAGCCAGCUACUCGUAGCCCUGUUCAAACGAUGUUGGUUGUCCACCCGUCCAAACAAAACUUCUUUGCGUCUACCGCCACUUUAUUAUACAUUCAACAGCAGUGCCGCGCGCAGGCAAGAUUAGACGCUCCGCCCUAAGUCACCACCGUUCCAAUUCUAGUAUGAGGCUUGCAUCCGCUCCAAUCAUUACUUUCUGGGUAAUCUGCAGUAAAUUCAAACAAGGGUGCGGUACCUCUGUACCGUGUGUACACAACAGUCGUCCAUAGCAGUUCGUAGUGGCGCGAAAAAGAAUCUCCGACAGCUCAGCGCUGUUGGAAGUCGUGACGCUUGAAGGAAGAAUUAAGCGAUGCCUUCAGACCAGGGUAUAUUGCAUGCUUUGUUAUUUUGAAAUAUGGAUUCGAAUGAUUGGUCUCUGGAUCACUUCACCGUCAUGGGCAAGUCGUUUCGUCGCAAGCACAUCUCAGACUGGUCGGGGAAGUGAAGUGCGUUAUCUUGGGCGAGAUUUCUCAACCUCAGAGCCUUGGCGUGGAAAACCGUUACCCAGCUUUGUGUGCUGAUGUGAAUCAUGCAAGCACCUUGCCUGGUUCAAUACUCCCUGAUCUGGGUUUCAACAAUGGACUGGAUUUCUGUGGCAGGUGCCAAAAGUCGCAAUCCCAUACAUACCCAUCGCUGCUAAUUCCAGGGAAACGUGGGUCCGUGGGGGUGAAUCGGCCUGAGCAACCAUGUCUUAUUUGUGAGGAUGUUGGUAUGGAGCAGGCUAUUGGUCCGCUAUCAGCUCCACGAGUGGCUUCACUUCCAUGAGCUCAUCGCAACUUGUCCCGAAGAGUAGUAGCAUCAAAAGUGACCCUGCAUUGUGCACGCAGCCGGCCUCAAUUCCUUCGAUGGGUUUGAUACUUUCCAUGCUUCCAAGUUCUGCGCCAGGAUACUUUCUUCCGGAUAUUCGUACUCUGGACUUGGGAACUCGCCCACCUGGACCUGCAAAAGCAAUUUCCCAGAAUCUUUAUCCCGAUCGAAAACAUUUUAGUUCUGGUGCUAUUCCCCCUGUUCACGUUGACUUGACGUUGAUUCUCCAACAGAAGCUUAGUUAGAACGUUAUCGAACUAGAUAUCAGGGGCAUGCUCCUGUUCCCAUAGAACGCCAAUCUUGCAGGAGGCUUGCUAGCAUUCCAAACGCCCACCGACAGAGAGAUGGUGUGAAAACGGUUUAUACUUCACUGCUUCCCUGAUGGAAUGUGUAGAGCGAAGAACAUCACGGUCAAUGUGAAGGCCCUGACUUGCUUCAAAGCUUACUUUCAAGAUGAAUCAGCCUUUAGCUACUCUUCUGGCUCGACAAGUUAUCAUAUCGGAUGAUAAUCAAGGGCCGAUUGUCAACAUUGCAGCAUGGAUAGGAAUGACGAUCAUGGUACUGUGUGUACUUACUAGAGUCAUCUCUAAGUAUACGAUUGUUCGGCGAGCAACAGUUGAUGAUGGCUUGAUCUUAGCGACAAUGGUAUUUGCGACUCUACAUACAGUCAUGUUAUCUUCUAUGGUGGCGAACGGACUCGGGACGCCACAGUCGACAGUCUCCAACAACGAGAUUAUAGAGAUUGAGAAAUUCGGGUACACGUCCCAAUUACUCUAUAUACCAGCGCUGGCUUUAGCCAAACUCUCGACUGUUGUAUACCUCCGAGCUCUUUCACCUGUGGCGCGUUUUGCCAUCGUCAAUCAAGCAAUUGAGGCAUUUGUGAUAGUAUGGGCAAUUGCUUCAGAAUUCGCAAUCGCGUUUCAGUGUGCUCUUCCAACACCUUAUGCUAUUCUCACAUCAAAGUGCUUCAAUACGGUUACCUUUUGGAAUGUCACAGGCAUCUUCGACAUUCUCACAGAUAUGGCCAUCACCAUCCUCCCCGCUUACCUCGUAUGGGGCGUAAAGAUGCCUAAAUCCAAAAAAGCACUGGUGAUCCUGGUAUUCGGCGCGAGGAUGUUCAUUAUCCCCCUCACAAUCUGGCGGUUGGAAGUUAUCAACGUCGAUGCUCGACCAUCAAUCCCAGACCAAACCCUCGCAUCCUACCACACAUACCUAGCCACGACCGUCCAGCUCAACUUUGCCAUCGUCGCAGCCUGCAUACCAUUCCUAAAGCCCUUCAUGGAAAGCAUGAACUCAGGCUCCUACAUUGCCUCUGCAGCGAAUAUGGAUUCAACAUACGGCGCGGGAAGCAAGCUCGGUUCGCGCUCUGGAGACACAAGCCGCAAAGCAUCCAAGCCAAAAGGCAGCAUCAAGCUCGAAAGCCUCAGCGAAUCACGAACCACAAUUCCCAACAGCUCCACACGUUCUCGCACGCCCAAAGAGACAGCAGAGGGUACCCGCGGCGGCUCCACAGACGACGACUUCCACUUCGGAUUCCAGGGACAGAGGGCAGAUGAUCUGGGUCCGCUGAGACCGGAUAAGGGAACGCAUUUCAUACGGAUUGGUCGCGCGACGCCGGAGGAGAACCAGGCGAGGAGUUCAAUUGAGAGUGAUACUAUGAUUAUUCGGCAGACUACCGAGUGGGAUAUCCAAGAGACGUAUGAGGUUGCCAAGCCAGGGGAUUUGAGGGUGGCGUCGAGGGUCACGACGGACAGUGCGAGUGACAAGGCGGAGAGGGAUUGGCGGAGAGGGGGGCCUCAAGGACAUUCUGUCUUGUGAGGGGAAAGGGUGUCGAUUGUAUGAUGUGCUAUUUAGCGUGACUUCCUGGUUUGUAUUAAAUGGAGAAUUGGAGAUUAGGUCAUGGCUGGGAAAAGUGUACUGCAGGUUCAGUUCAUGGUGAAACUGUAUUAGAUGACAAUAGAUAUGGCAGAUGAAAUCUAGAGAGAUGCUUCCAGUCUUUCGAUUCUCGUAUGUAGUAGACUUACCA